AUGAGCAAGAGUUUCCCACUCUCGCUCCUUCCGGAUGUUAUUAAAGAUUUCAAGCUCAAAGUUGAGUUCUAUUAUCCUGAGGAUGAGAAUGAGGUUCGGACCAUUGGAAGAGCAUCUCAGCUAUGCCCGCGGUUUGAAGCAAACAUGGCGGACCUUGUCAAGCUCCCUGAGCGCGGAUGCGGGAUGCAAGGGCAGGAGAAACAUGCGAUCUGGGACUUCCUCAACCGCUGCCUCGACAUCUAUCUCCGCACGAGGAUGACAGCACAGGAGGCUCUGAAACAUCCCUUUAUCGCUAGUGGUAUCAAGUAA